GUGACAGCUGACUGUUUCUUUUUCUUGUUGCUAGUGGGUUGAUCGUGGAGUUGGAUUAUUUUAAUCCGCAAAAAUGUCGUUGGUAAUCCCGGACAAGUUUCAGCAUAUCUUGCGUAUCAUGAAUACAAAUAUUGAUGGCAAACGUAAGGUGAUGUUUGCCAUGACCGCUAUCAAAGGAGUUGGACGAAGAUAUUCCAAUAUUGUGCUCAAAAAGGCCGACAUCGAUCUUGAUAAACGUGCAGGAGAGUGCACCGAGGAAGAGGUUGAAAAGAUUGUAACUAUUAUGUCAAACCCCAGGCAAUACAAGAUCCCAGAUUGGUUUUUGAACAGACAAAAAGAUAUUGUUGAUGGCAAAUACAGUCAGUUGACUUCUUCUAAUUUGGAUUCUAAGCUUCGUGAAGAUCUCGAGAGGCUUAAGAAGAUUCGUGCCCACAGGGGUAUGCGCCACUAUUGGGGUCUCCGUGUACGUGGUCAGCACACUAAGACCACUGGUAGAAGAGGCAGAACUGUUGGUGUCUCCAAGAAGAAGUAAAUUUUAACAAUAAAACAGUAAAUACACCACUGUCUUUUAGUUUUUAAUACAAGUGC